CAUUUUUAUUUUUGUUCUUAUUAUUAGCUCUCAGCUCUCAGUCAAACAAACGACCACAAGAAACUUCAGCACCAUGACAACAUUGGUUGGACGAUUGAUUGAUUAUUCCACGCAUCCGGCAGAUGUCGAGUCUCUGGGCGAUAUUGGUGGCAGCAGCCGUCGUUGGUCAAUUGGCCGGACCAACAGCAACUUGAGUGAACUCAGUGAGAGGAGUUUGGGUAGCUCCAGGAAGAUCCAUUUUGAUUUCGGCGCCGACCAUGAGGAGGAUGAAGACUACUGGAAGGAGGACUCUGACAACAUGGGGUUCAGCAGCAGCGGCAACAACAGCAGGUCCUUUCAUAAUAUUAUCACUCCGUCGAUGGACGAAGAGUCGUCCCAUCAGGCUCGUUAUCGCUAUGACAGCGGAUCGAACGAUUGCCGUUCUUCCCGUCAAACGUCGUCAACAUCCUCGGUUCGCUCCUUUGGCUACGGCGUUCCUGAUGAGCGAUUCAGUCUGGACAAAUUGACGUCCCAUGCUCGAAACAGCCGCAAAAGUUUGCUGUCUGUAUCUUCUCACAGCCCCAGCCAAAACCGGAACGCGCUCCAACAAAAGUGGAUCCAACAACAGCGUCGGGCAUCCAUGGCUCAUGUACCAAUGGAUUCAUCUUUCUCUUCUUUGAUGACGAAGAAGAGCAAUCAUAGCACUGGCACUUCCCGUCCCUUACAAGUGGCCUCUUCUCCUUUCAGCAACAGCGGACGAAGCAUCAAGACAACACCGACAUACAUGUACAACCGGAACACUCCAUUGACCCCAGAUACUGAUGACGAAUCGGAAGCUUCCUAUUGCUCCACUGUCUCGAUUUCCUUUGCUGGAUGUGAAAGUAGUGAAGGUCCCGGGCACAGUGAGACCUUGCUGGGCAACAGCGAAUCGUACCAAGACGAUGAUGACUCGGUGGACUAUGAUGAUGAUGACGACGACGAGAAAGAAGAAGAACACGAUACAGGCGUCCGUGCACAGCAGCGAAUGCCUGUCAGAAGAUCCAUUUUCGGUGACUGUUCAAGCACAACGACUCCCACUAGUGCUUCGACACCUGGGAAGGAGGAAUUGGGUUAUGGCGGCACAGAAGACCUGGGCACACGGGCACAGCAGCGAAUGCCUGUUCGACGAUCCAUUCUUGGUGGUUCUGCAAACAACUCCGCCUAUGUAGCUUCUCAAGAUAAGGCCGUCGCACCUGCGAAGGAGGACCUGGGUUAUGGUAGUACCAAAGACCUGGGCUACGGGGAUGCAGCACCUGAUCUCGGGUACGGCGAGACAGCCUCGUUGGGCUAUGAAGUUGCCGUUCCUGAUGAUGCUACUCUUGGUUACGGUGACAAGGUCGUCUCUGCUAGUGUCCACUCUUCGGCCGCUUCUCGUGAUGCCUUUGAUCCCUCCUCGUACUAUGCUACACGCCGACGAAACAGCAUAGCUACAGGAAGACGCACCAGCAUCAGUGGACUUGCUCGAGUGAAUCGUGGUCGGAGAGCCUCCAUGGAACACUCCGCACCCGCCGAUCCACCUCAACUAACUCCCUCUGUAUCUUUCAAAAUGCGUCAACGAUCCACGAGCGUGGACAGCAGCAAGAAGGAGCAAGAAGAAGAGGCGGUAGCCAAGCGGGAUAGUGUCCUUUCUGCUGCCAGUACUCACAGCGUUGAGAGUACACAGACCAAUGGAGCCGGAUCACAAUUCCCUCGUCGUGGUCGUCGAACGAGUGGCAGUCGACGUAGCAAUAGUGAUACGUCUCGUCGCCGUCUGAGCCGCACUCGUUCCAACGUGAGCGCGGAUGGACCUCGGGGAGGUCUCAGCCGGACCCCUUCCGGCCUAUCCUGGGACGGAGACAAUAACCAACAGGGCUGCGACACGAAUGGUUUUGUGGGCUCGCGAAUCAUCCGAUUGGACAGCGGUGAUUCUCACCAAACUCCACGAAGAGGACGCCGAGGAUCUCUAGGAAAAGGAUCCUCUCUCCUGGCCGGACACAUGGCGAGCAACAACGUGGCUGAAGUACCACGCAAGGGACGAAGAGGAUCCCUGGGACUACCAAAGGGAAGCGACUCUCAAGCCCCUCGCAAGGGAAGCAAAGCAUCUCAACUGACGGGGAAAAAGAAAGGAAAAGAUCCACGCCGGAAGCGUAGAGGAUCUCUGGGAAUGCGGCGCCCCCCCUCGGUUGCUGCCUGAAUCGAAUAAUCAGCGUGCGUACGGGGCAAACCGGGGAAGCCGAGGGUCCACAGUGCGGGCACAGUCAUGAUACAUAAAUAAGCCCUACUUCAGAGAGCAGUUGUGUUGUUUC